AUGUCGGCGCCGCGCGCCGCGCCGCUGGCGGCGUUCGCGCGACGACGGGCGACGCGCGGGCGAGGAAAAAUCGACCGCGUCGACGACGCGGGCGCGAACGAGAAACGCGCGCGCGAGGACGACGUCGAGGAGACGCGAGAGGACGACGGGUGGACGCGGUUGACGACGACGCGCGACGGCAUCGAGCUGUGGACGCGACCGGCGCCGGCGUGGGCGAACGCGCGAGGGAAGGUUCGGGAGAUAUUGGCGACGUGUACGUUCGAGAACGUCGAGCGAAGCGCGCUCUGGGCGGCGAUCUGUGACAUCGAGCGGUACGACGAAUUCGUGCCGUACGUGCGGCGGUCGACGGUUUUGGCCAAGCGCGGAACGCGGACGUGGAAUCACGCCGAGAUUCGCGCGCCCGUGGCGGGCGAUCGCGCGUACACAAUCGUGAUAGACGAUCACUCCCGCGCGAACGUCAACGCGGGCGCGUGGAGAACGACGAAGGAGAUGGAGCCGCGUCGGUUAAGUCCCGGCGCGAGACCCAUGCGCGCCAACUGCGGUAGCUGGCACCUUCGCGACGCCGCGUCCGGCGCGGGCGUGCGCGUGCGAUACACCCUCAUCACCGAUCCCGGUCGCGGCGUCCCGCAGUGGUUGCUGUCGCAGACGCCCAAAACGGUGCCCGACACGCUUCGCGCGUUUCGCGACCGCGCGCUCUCCGGCGCCGGCCGAGCGUCGCCUUCGACCCGUCGCCCUUACGCCGUCGCGCGCGAUCUCGCGCGACGGUGCGUCCGCGAGUCUGAAAUCAUCGUCGCUCGCCUUCGCGCCGCCCUCGACGUCGUCGCGCCGUCGCUUAAGUAA